CAACACGCUAGUAGGGCUGACUCGCGCCGCUCAGAGUCUCACGGCCCAAAGCCGAUACCGUUUCUUCUUCUUCAUCGAGCGCGCCGCGCGUUGAUUCGAUAUUGUCGAUCGCCCUCCGAGAUAUAUCGCCCUUUCGAGAUCGACUACGAACGAAGAACACUAACAGUGUUUAUAAGAAUAAUUAAUUUACAAUCGAUUACAUUCGAUUUUCGUACGUUUUUUUUUCUCUCGUCCGUCUUCUUUUUUUUUUUUUUUUUUUUCUUCGUCUUUGUCUUUGUCUUUUCGUUCUCUCUCUCUCUGCAUUAUUUUCUAUUCUCUCACGAGAUUAAACGACAAGAAGGCCUACACUAGUUGCACGUGGAUAUAUAUAUAUAUAUAUUCUUUUUUUGUUUUGUUUUGUUUUGAUUACAUAUUAAUUCGUGAGGUGUACCCAUUUUAUUUCUCUAUUCUUUCUCGUAUCUACUCAUUCUACUUCUCGCACUCUACUUCUCGAAGUAACUUUACCGAUCUUUCUACAAUCGUCUCGUAUAAAAAGUUGGAGUCAUCGAUCGAAUAAAUUUUCGAUGGCUCUUCGCCGAGGGUCAAGACGUUUUCACCCUCAAAGAAGGCGGCACCCUCCGAGUGGAUAAGAAUACGAGUCAAGGGGCCAAGCUGGAAUUUUGUGUUGAUUCUAUGGUGAUUCGCGAGGUGCGAGGCUCGUCGAGGUGUUAUGUAGAAGAAAAAAAUAAAUAAGGAGGAGAGAGAGAGAGAGAGAGAGAGAGAGAGAGAGAGAGAGAGAGAGAGAGAGAGAGAGAGAGAGAGAGAGGAAACGUUCUUUCAGAGUGCUUGCACAGAGGAAAAGAAAAGAAAAGAAAGAGAGAGGGAGAGAGAGAGAGGAAGAGAAAAGAGGAAAAAAGAGAGAGAGAGAAAGAGAAAGAGAAAAAGAGGAAGAGAGAGAGAGAGAGAGAGAGAGAGAGAGGGAGAGGGAGAGAAGGAGAAAGUGGAUCGGAUAUUUGUGGAAAUUUGUGGAAAUUUGUUGGUGAGUGUGUGAAAGGUAGAAGGAAGUGAGAGCUUUUUGUGAGGAUAAGGGAGUGUACGAGAUAGCAGAGGAAAAAGAAGAAGAAGAAGAAGAAGAAGUAGCGGGAAACGCGUGGAUAGAUGCGUGGAAUUUGAAAGCAGCAACCCAAAGGCCAGCCCGACGCAAUGCGUCGACGCUGCUGACGCAACGCGCCUGGAUGCGUCUCACUUUGAGCACGUUACCACAGCUUGCCGUUUUAGCGAAGAUUUUGUGCCUCCUGAUGGUGGUGAUGUGCGGGGCGGUACCGGCGAUGGUGCGCUCCGUGAGUCUCUACUCGACUUGCAGCAGCGGCAAUGUUACCGUAAUGGGCCGCUCGAUCAAGGCCGUGGGACGCAGCGAUGACAAUGCACCCUACCAGAAGCUCACGACACAGUCCGAGGACUUCAGUAGGAAGCUGUACAUCUUCGCGGAGAAAAGCCAGCGAUACAUUUGCUUCAACAAGCGAUGGAAACUCGUCGGCCUGCCGAAGAAACAGAAGGGUCCGAUGUGCCAGUUCUACGAGGUAUACAACGGUUCGUACCUGAGGUAUAAAAGCGUGGCCGAUGGUACGCGAUACCUCGGUUUCAACAAGCUCGGCAAACCGAUGAAGAAUCCCCAUGGUAGGCAGGAAUGUUUCAACUUCAUCAAAUACAAUCCUCACGCCGACAUAAACCAUCAUAACAACUUGGUGAACGCGGAUAUGGGUGGUAUGGAGCCGAGAGAACCUUACGUGGUAUCGAGAAAGCCUUCACCGAUGAGGGCGACGAAGAACUCGCUGAUACAAGCCGACAGUAAUGGUGCGAGGCAGCAACAGCACCAUCAUCAUCAGCAACAACAACAACAACAACAACAACAGCAGCAGCAACAGCAACAGCAACAUCCAGCGGGGCACACGACGACGCAUCGUCAUCGGCACUCGAAUCGUUGGAAGAUGCGACAGGACGAAGAGGAACACUCGGCGAUGCCACGAAGACGGCACGAGAGUCGUCUACUCGUCGAGGCCAGCAAGUAUUGAGCCGGAAAAGCGUUGGCUCGCCGAUCAAGACUGCCUCCUUAAUUCGCACAUGCAAACACACACACAUACACACACACAUACGAACGAACGAAACCGCGUACACAAUAUAAUACAUAUAAAAGCUAGCCUUACACAUAAAAUAUCACAGACAUAUUACACGAAGAUAUAAGGAAUACGCAUACACACACACACACAGACACACAUAUACAUGACGAUUAUACACAGAAAAAAAUACACACACACAUACACACCGUACCUCCGUGAGUUACCUGAGAUUAAUCUACCGAACGAACAGCUCACGUACGUCGCUUUGGCGCCCCUUUUUUGUUUCCCUUUAAAUGAUCAUGUUCGGUAUGAUUCUUCAGGAAAAAUCGGCGAAACACGGAAACACCGCGACUUCGAGAAUAUAUAUAUAUAUAUAUAUAUAUAUAUAUAUAUAUAUAUAUAUUUAUAUAUAUAUGAUUAAGCUUAUAAGAGCCGCGACUUGGGUCGCGCGAAGCCGCGUCUCGAUUUACGUAGGUGAGAAUGAAAAUAUGAUAAAGGCAAAGAUAUGAGGAGAAAUGAAAAUAUGAAAUGGAAAAAAGAAAAAAAGAAAAAAGAAAAAAGAAAAAAAAAAUUAUGUAGGACGACUUCAACGACUCCGAUCUCCAAUAAUAAUUAUUCGCGCGACUCCGAAACUCCUCUUUUGCCCCCCGACUGAACCCAUUUAGGGCAAGUAGGAGUAAAUCAGAGACGAAGCAUGCGAGAAAGAGUCGAUGAACUCUCGUCGCGCUUUAAAUCAUCGCGGCAGUCUCUCGCGCGCGCGCACGCGCCUCGUUUCUUCGCGCGGAGAGUUUGGCACGCGCUAGCCGAAAAAAGAAGAAAAAAAAAAAAACGAGAACAGAAAAGAAAAGAAAAGAAAAGAAAAUGAAAAAUCGCUAUGGCGAUCGUAGGUAAGCGCACGUGCGUUCGUUCCCACCGAGCGGUCUCUCUCUCUCUCUCUCCCCCUCCCUCCCUCCCUCUCUCCAUCCCUCCAUCCCUCUACCUCUCCCUUUUUGAACGAAGCGACAAACGGAUUCAACGGUUCUAAAAAAAACUCUUCUCCUCCAUUAAACACAGGGAUUCUCAAAUUAGUUUUUUAUUCAAACAAGAAAAAAAAAAAAAUGACAAGUUUUUUGUGAAAAUGGACAUCGAGGGAGACACGAUAUAAUUCUUUGCUCUUAACUAUAUAAGUGGAGGAGAAAAGGAAAAAAAAAUGUAAUAGAGAUUCGCGGUGUUCCUUAAGAGGGGCGUCGCGCGCGAGCUCGUUGUUGCGCGCACAUUAAGAGAACAAUAAAGAAAGAAAGAAAGAAAGAAGAAAAGAAAAGAAAAGAAAAAAAAAGAAACAAAAAAAAAAAAAGAAAAAAGCCUCAUGCCGCCGCGCAAGAAGACUCUCUCGCUCGCUGUGUGCUAAUUUUACGGCCCGCCUAACGUAAUGUAACGUAACGUAACGUAACGUAACGUAACGUAACGUAACGUAACGUAACGUAAUGUAACGUAACGUGCGUGCGUGCUCUGCCUGCCUGCCUGCAUGCGUGUACGUAUGAUGUGUGAGAAUGUGCCUGAAUGCUUAUGUGUGUGUGUGUGUGAGAGAGAGAGUGUGUGUGUGUAUGUGUGUGUGAGUAGUAGCGUACGCGUGUGGAUACGCACGAUCGAUCGCUCGCCCACGAGCUCGAAGCUUCAAUGUCACCCAAAACGAGCAAUAAUAAUUAACAAUAAUAACAAAAAAUAUAUAUAUAUAUAUAUGUGUGUGUGUAUGGUGAAACGAGAAAAAGAAAAUGGAAAAAAAAUGAAAAAAGAAAAAAGAAGAGAGAAAAGUAUAAUAUUCGCAAUAGGAAUGUGGCGCGAGCGAGAACGAGCGUAUCCCUAUCUCUUUUUCUGUGUUGUUGUUGUUGUUGUUGUUGCGUGUGUUAAAUGCGUGCGUGCGUGCGUACGUGUUGUAUUUGCCUCUUAAACGCGUGUGAGUGCGUGUAAUAUAUUUACUAUAUCGUUAUUGAAAACUUAAUCCUUAGGACGCUGUCGCAUAAAAGAAAAAAAAAAAAACUGUAUUAUUAGGUUAGAAAAACGCGAACACUUAUGUACGCGAUGGCAACGCGAAAAGCCGACCGGGGCUGACUGUUCCUGCUGCUGUUGUUUCCUCCUUCUUCGUCCUUUACAUUUGACAAUUUCUCCUAUUCGAUUUCCUCCGACUUUAUUCUCUCUAUCUCUUUUCCUCUCUCCUUACGAAUUUUUAAUUCAAUGUUCUGAGCAGCGACACGGUGCAGCUUCUCGCGUCAACGCCACGCGAAAGGAGCGCCUGCUCUUUUUUUUUUCCCCAAAAAGGAAACGCUCCCUAGGUAGCUUAUUUAUUGAAAUCACGUUUUAGGUUACUACGAAGGCCGAAUCGCCCGAUCCUUUCUUCCUUCCUUCCUUCCUUCCAUCCAUCCAUCCUUCUUUCUUUCUUUCUUUUCUUCCUUUCUUCUUCCCUCCUUCCUUUAUUUUUUUAUUUUCCUUUUUAAUCUUUUCUUUCUACCCUUCCACAUACCACACACUUCUAUCUCACGAUCGACCUCGUAUAACGCGUGUGUGAAAAUACGCGUCGCUCUCUUUACCAUUCUGACAUCUGUUUUUUUUUUCUUUUUUUUUUUUUUCUUUUUUUUUUUUGGUUUGUUUGUAAUUUUAUCCCCUCGUCCCUUUCCUUUUUCUUCUCUUUAUCGUAAUAAUUUCAUUCAUCUCUUUUCAAUUCCCAUUUCUCUCCUCAACGUUCAUCAUUUACAUCACAUACAAAAUCUUACCCAAUCUUCGAUCGCGAAGAGAUCGACGAAGGUACUCUCUUUUUUUUUCUUUUUCUCCUUCUUUUUUUUUUUUUUUUUUUUUUUUUGUAUAAAAGAAAAUGAAGAAGAAAAAAAACAGGACGAAAGAAUGAUCUGAAAUCGCGGACGUUUACGCGCA